AUGUUGGGGACAAAGAUUCCCUCGAGUUUGCGCAGUCUGCUGCAUCACUGCUUUGAGAGCUUCCUUCUGACUACAUGGCUACUGGCCCUUUCAGUAUCUCUUGGAUGCUGCAUUCGUUUGGGUUCUUUUCAUAUGUAUGGCGAACAUAGCCAGUUGCAGAUCACAAUUGCCAUAGCUUGCAGCUUCAUUGUGGCAACCUGGGUAGUUGCAGAGGCAUGCAAUCAGAUUGGCCCACAUGCUGGCGAUGUACAAGCCUAUGAACUGGCAAGCAAUGUGGAAGCAGAUCCUGUAAUUAUUGGCCGAAAAGUGGCGGACGCUGAAGGGGGAGAGGAAUGCGAGGCUGUCCAGAGCGCAAGUGAGCAAGAAGUGGUCAAUGAGGGUUUGCGUCGCUCUUCUGUGGCGGUUCAGGCCUGGUUAAAAGAGCACAUCGCAGAGUGGCGAGCAGGGGCGGAGCUUUCUGUCAUACUAGCCUUCUUGUACUUGUGUGACCGCACAAGCAUUCUGGCUGAUGGGCCAAAAGUCCACGAUCCAAAGCAAUUCUGGGCGCUUUGGGCGCUCAUUGUCGCUAUUGCAUGUUUGACUGUGAGGAAGAGUGAGGAUUCCAGCCCAUUGUCACGGGAACAGACGGAUGAAUGGAAAGGAUGGAUGCAAAUCAUGUUUUUGAUGUACCACUACUUUGAAGAGAAGGAAGUGUACAAUGCAAUCCGUGUGUACAUUGCAGCCUAUGUAUGGAUGACCGGAUAUGGCAACUUCUUCUUAUAUCGGAAGGGAAAAAGCUUCACCGCCAGACGAACUGCUCAGAUGCUGUUCCGAUUGAACUUUCUCGGCUUUGUUGUGUGUAUUGUUCUCCGAAAUGAGUACAUGCUAUACUACAUUUGUGCAAUGCACACCCUUUUCACAAUCUUUGUACUGCUGGCCAUGUUCGUUGCCAACACACAGAACUCGGUUUAUGGAGUGCUUUGGGUGAAAGUAAUAGCAACUCUGGCAUUUACAGUGGCACUGUACGAUGGACCUGAGUAUAUUUUUAGGUCAGUUUUUGGCACGCUGCCUGUGGUGCGGCCUUUGUUUGCGUUCCACGAUCCACUUCAUCCAGAAUUCACAGAUGAAAUGCAUGAAUUUCACUUUCGAUCCGGUCUUGACCGAUACAUUUGGAUAUUUGGCAUGGUAUGUGCUCUACACUUUGCAGGUUUUGCAUACAUUUUACAGUUUUUGGAGAACCUUUCAUGGCAGAGAAGACGGGGCAUUCAGCUUGUUUUGCUAUUGCUCUCACUUGGCUGUGGUUGGCUGUGGUGGAAGCACGUCUUUCUCUUGGAGAAACUCGCAUACAACAAGGUUCAUCCAUACACGUCCUUUGUGCCGUUGUCCGUCUACUUGAUCAUCCGGAACUGCACGGAAACGCUACGCAAGCAUUACCUUUAUCUCUUUGCUUACAUGGGACGAAUCACUCUGGAGACUUACAUUUUUCAGUUCCACAUUUGGAUGCGGACAACUGGACUCAAUGGCUCUCCAAAGAAGCUCCUGGUUCUCGUUGACUCCUAUUGGCUGAACUUUGUGAUACUGACGGCUAUCUACCUCUUCAUCUCACUGAGAUUUUCACAGUUGACUGGAGUCUUGAGAGAUGCUUUGAUUCGAGACAAUUUGCGUGCCAUGGGCAAGGUCAUGUGCCAGGCACUUUCCCUCCAGACCAAGUCCUUCAGCUGA